AUGUCAUCUGAAUCCGAAAGACCGGGCCAGGCUGAAGCCCUUCGCCCUGAGACUUCAGAGCCACAGGCACCCACAGUCCAGGGACAGCAAGAUCAAGCUGUUAUUCUACGACCGCGACAACGCUCUGGUCUCUUUUCCUGGUCAUACGCUCUCGCUGCCGUAGGGUUCGCUAUUCUUUCAACGCCGUUUGCUUGGUUACUUUCGGCCGAAACAUCAAUCGAUCCAACAAACUAUGCUUUACGAACCAAGACUGUCCUCCAAACAACCCCUCUUAUCGAUGGACACAACGACCUGCCAUGGCUCUUGCGAGUUGAACUCCAUAACCGCAUCCGCGACGACAGAUUUGACCCACGGCAAAAACUCCUCGGGCAUACGGACAUCUCUCGCAUGAGACAGGGCCAAAUGGGUGGCCAAUUCUGGAGCGUAUAUGUCCAUUGCGAUGCUGCGCAAAAGCACUUUGACGACCCUUCCUGGGUCGUUCGAGAUACGCUUGAGCAAAUCGAUGUAGCGAAGCGAUUCAUUUCGGAAUAUCCUGACGUCUUCCAGUAUUGCACCACGCCAUCAUGUGUGCGCCAGGCUUUCGCCAAAGGACGCAUUGCCAGCAUGCUUGGCAUCGAGGGAGGGCACCAACUUGGAGGCUCAAUCGCAGCAAUUCGGCAAGCAUAUGACCUUGGUGUGAGAUAUAUCACGACAACUCACAACUGCGAUAAUGCGUGGGCAACCGCGGCAUCGACAGUAGCUGCCAAGGGAGCUGGGGCAGAUCGAGGAUUGACUCCGUUCGGUGCAGCUUACGUCAAGGAGAUGAACCGUUUAGGCAUGCUUCUGGAUCUCUCACAUGUGUCUCAUCAAACGAUGAGGGACGUGCUGUCACUCACACGUGCACCCAUCAUCUUCUCCCACUCCGGCGCGUACUCUGUAUCCCCCCAUCUUCGUAAUGUGCCCGACGAUGUACUGCGCAGCGUGCGCCAAAACGGGGGAAUAGUCAUGGCGGUAUUUGUCAAUCGCUUUUUGAAAAUGAAGAAUCCAGACUCUGCUACCAUUCACGACGUUGUUGAUCAUAUCUGGCAUAUUGCUGAAGUCGCUGGAUGGGAGCAUGUAGGCAUUGGGUCUGACUUUAGCGGAACUCCGUUCACUCCAAUAGGACUUGAGGACGUAUCAAAGUUCCCGAAUCUCAUUGAGCUUCUCAUGGCGCGGGGAGCUACAGACGAUCAAAUUAGACUUUUGGUAGGAGAAAAUUUGCUCAGGGUUUGGGCAAACAUUGAGCAAAGGGCCAAGGAAAUCCAAGCAGAGGAGCCACCUGUCGAAGAAGAAUGGGAGGGGAGGAAGUGGCAGCAUGGGUACAAGAGCUCGCCGUACAUGUUUCGUGAAACACGUGAAAUUGCGAUCAAGGAAGAUUGGGGGCAGCCUCACCAGUUCAAUGUCGCCACCAAAGGAAGUAAUGACGGGCAGAGCAAGGAGUAG